AAAUGCCCGUACUGUAUUCAUUCAACUAGACAAACAAUUGAUUUCAUAUCCUUUGAAAUAACGAAAUAAAUGUUCCAUAGAGGAGUAAUGGCUUGAACUACUGUUACCUCUGUUCUUUAUCCCAGGACACAUCGUUUCUGGAAUGGUUGCACAUCCAGACAGGGAGCAUCUCAUUUACUGCCUUGGGUGCAAUAUCAUAAUAAAAAGCCUACUCACCAAUAAGCAGGAUAUUCUUUACGGCCAUACAAACAAUGUUUCUUGCGUCACUGUGUCAAAAAGUGGAAGAUAUCUGGCCUCUGGACAGGUCACUUUCAUGGGGUUCAAGGCAGACGUCAUCAUCUGGGAUUUUUCAAAGAAGGGUAUUCAUGCUCGUGUUCAGUUGCACAAGGCAAAAGUUGAAGCACUAGCGUUUUCUCCAGGUGAAAAGUACCUAUUAACCCUUGGGGGCCAAGAUGACAACAAUGUGGUUGUGUGGAAUGUGGAGACCAAAGAGGCCAUUUGUGGCAGCCCUGCAUCGGCCAUCAGGUCUGGCCAGUGCCUGACUGUGCAGUUCUGCAAUAACACAGAUGAUGUGUUUGUGUCUGCCGGCAAUGGAACUGUUCGAGUUUGGGAACUAGAUCUUGCCAACAGAAAAAUUCGGGCAUCAGAGUGUCAGAGUGGCCAACUGAAGAGGAUUGUCAAGUGUGUUGAGAUCAGUCAAGAUGAUACCUAUUUCUACUGUGGCACAACCAGCGGUGACAUACUGAAAUUUAACCUGAAGACCAGGCUUCUUAACAGCGUUGGUCCUGUGAAACAAAAAUUCAUCAAAGGAGUGAAUGCUAUGAAAGAACUAAUAACAGGUGACUUGUUGGUUGGGUCAGGAGAUGGCAUAAUUACCCUGUGCUCUAAGUCCAACUUUAAAACUUUGAAACGGGUGCAGCUGGAGGGUGGGGUGACCUCCGUCACCCUGCGGGGCGAGGGUCAGCAGUUCUUUGUGGGCACAGAGGCUUCUCAGAUGUACCGCUUUAACUACGUGGACUUCAAGGAAGAAGUCAUCGCCACCAGUCACAGCAGUGCAGUCGUGGAUGCCGCUUUUCCCCAUGGUUCCUCUGAGCUCUUUGCCACCUGCUCAGGGAGCGACAUCAGAGUGUGGCACACUGAAUUGUCCAAGGAGAUGCUGCGGAUCUCUGUUCCCAACAUGACUUGCAAUGCCAUCAGUUUCACAACAGAUGGCACAAGCAUUAUCAGUGCCUGGAAUGAUGGGAAGAUUCGAGGCUUCACACCUGAAACAGGGAAGCUGAAGUUAAUGGUGAAUAACGCCCACAGCAUGGGGGUAACUGCCAUUGCUAUCACCAAGGACAGUAGCAGGAUCGUCAGUGGGGGUGGCGAGGGGCAGGUUCGGGUGUGGAAAAUCCUGACAGACUCACACACACUACUGGAGAUCAUGAAGGAGCAUACCGCUUCAGUCAACUGCAUUAAGAUCAAGAGCAAUGACAAGGAGUGUGUCACGGCGAGCUCAGAUGGUGCCUGUAUCAUCUGGGAUCUAGUACGUUUUGUCAGAAAUCAGAUGGUGUUGGCCAACACUUUGUUCAAAACUGUUUGCUACCAUCCUGACGAGUAUCAGAUCAUCACCAGUGGCACAGACAGAAAGAUUGCUUAUUGGGAGGUAUAUGAUGGGUCUGCCAUCCGGAUGUUGGAAGGAGCUCUCUCCGGUGCCAUCAAUGGCAUGCACAUCACCCUGGAUGGAAAGCAUUUUGUGACAGGGGGAGGUGACAAGCUGGUGAAGUUGUGGGGAUAUGACAAUGGAGACAUGACGCAUGUGGGUAUCGGACACAGUGGCUGCAUCACCAGUGUUAAAAUCUGCUCCAACAACAAGUACAUUAUCAGCACCAGUUCAGAUGGAGGAGUGCUGAGGUGGAGGUACCCUCAACCUGCUCACUGAGUACUGGUCUUAAACUGAGUUCAAAAGGGGACUCAUGAACAGAAGAAGUAUGGCUGGUCUUACCAGUUUACUCACUUGUCAUUUGAAAUAUUAUUAUUAUAUUUUCGUACCAAACAUUGGAGAACUGUUCUUGAGACACUUCUGUUUUUUUUCCUCUAAUCUCUAUAA